GAGAGAGAGAGAGAGAGGUGUUUCUCAAACCUAACUCUUUAUAAUAAUCAGAGAGAAGCUAUUGCUCUCCAUUAUUCACCCAUUUCUCCAAUCAAUCACUCCUUUUUCCUUUCUAAGCAAUCUCCUCUCUCUCUCUCUCUUCUUAUAUUCCAUCUCUCUCUCUCUCAUACGAUCUGCAUAGCACACUGAACAGAGCUAAUUGCUAAACUGUAACAAGAAGAUGAUUGGACAAAGCUUCUUCCCUGAGGAUCUUGAUUGUGGCAACUUCUUUGACAACAUGGACGACAUUCUUGAUUUUCCCGGUGGUGAUAUCGACGUCGGUUUCGACAUCGGUGAAUCCGACUCUUUCCCUAACAUCUGGACCACUCAUCACGACACGUGGCCGCCCGCUUCUGAUCCACUCUUCUCUUCCAACACCAACACAAACUCUGACUCUUCACCUGAGCUCUAUGUUCCGUUUGAAGAUAUUGUUAAGGUUGAAAGGCCACCGAGCUUGAUUGAGAAGAAGGAAGAUUCGUUUUCAACGAACAUGGACUCAUCGUCUUCUUAUAGCACAUUCAGAAGUUCAAGUCCAGUGUCGGUGCUCGAAAGCAGCUCCUCAUCGUCUCAGACGACCAACACAACCUCACUUGUCCUCCCUGGAAAGCAGGGUCGUCCACGCACUAAGCGCCCUCGUCCACAUCUCCAUGAGAAGGAUGGAGUCAAAGACAUUGUUGAUUCGUGCCUCAUCGUUAGAAUACCGAAGCAGUUUGUCUCCGACCACAGCAAGAUGAUAACUAAGAAGAAGAAGAAGAAGGCCAAGGUUACUUCUUCAUCUUCUUCUUCAGGGAUUGAUCUUGAAGUGAAUGGAAACAGCAACGUUGAUUCGUAUAGUUUAGACCAAAAUCCAGUUAGGAAAUGUAUGCACUGUGAGGUCACCAAGACUCCACAAUGGAGGCUUGGACCUAACGGUCCAAAGACGCUUUGCAACGCGUGUGGCGUGCGUUACAAGUCAGGAAGGCUUUUCCCGGAGUACCGUCCAGCUGCUAGUCCAACAUUCACUCCGGCUCUUCACUCAAACUCACACAAGAAGGUGGCUGAAAUGAGAAGCAAGAGAUGCAAGGAUGGAAGCUACACGACCGAAGAGAAUGAUAUGCAAGAUUUGAUUCCGAACAAUGCCUACACUGGUGUAGACUUAAAACCGAGAGAGAGAUGAUUCAAUCUCCAAGUGUUGAAGUGAUUAGAGUUGAGAGGAGUAGGAAAGAGUCAGGGGGCAGUUUUAGAUUUAGAAGAGAUGAAUGAAGAGGAACAAUCAAUUUGAGGAGAUCAGAAAUUAGAAGAGAAUUGAUUGUGAUUGUAUUUUGUAUUUGUAGUGUGAAUGGGCAAAGCAGAAGAUUUUGAAGACAUUAGAGAAAGUUAAGUGUUGAGUUUCCAUUAAAUAUUCCUCUCAUUUUCUCUUUCAA